AUGCUGCUCACGCUGAAGCCCCCCUCCCAGAACGGUGUCAAAGGUCCUCAUGAGUAUUCAAUCGUCCGCCAGUCCGUUCCAACCCCACGGUCUUCCCCGCCCCCCGUGCCUGACCUGCCGGCGGCCACCGCACCCUCGAGACCCUCGACGGACCGCUCCAUGGACUCCUCGCGCUCCGGACUGCCACCUCCCGCCUCGCUGACCUUGCCCCCGCCCAGUGUGGGCUUCGCCAAUGUGACCAGGGGCCCUAUGAAUCAGCCACUGCCGCCGCCCCCGGGCCAAUGGCAGACUUCAGAUGAGUCCAUGCGACAGUGGCUCCAGGCCAAAGCCGAGGAGGACCGGAGGAAGCAAGAAGAAGAAAAGACACGCCAAGAGACUCUCCGGCUCGAACAGCGGAGAGUUGAGCAAAGCAUGCUCCGUGAUUCACUGCAGGCAGGGGUUCCGCCCCAGAUGAUUCCGCUCAUCUUUGCUGGCAUCAGUCCCGGCGGUCUGCCUCCGUCGAUCUUGGAACUCACCCAACAAUUCCUGGUUCAAGCCUCUGGAGCUCGCGGCUCGGCUCCCCAAAUGCCUGUUCUGUCUCACGCACAUCCCCAUGUCCAACGCCGGUCCACACAUGUUCGUCAAGACUCCCGCACCGUUCCUCCGAAUCCGUAUGUUGCCCCGCCGGCGCACCAUCCGACAGUGCCCCCUCCGGGAGUGCUGCUGUCCCAGCCGUUGCACGCCGUUGGAGCCUCCCCUACCCCGCAACCGCUCGGUCGGCCAUCGCUAGGCAAUGGCCCCGCCGACCCACGCUUUCCCGUGCCAGCUAUCCCCCGGAUGAAUCAUAGGGAGUCGCAACUCCAACCACCGCCGUCCAUCAAUCUGAGCAACCUGCACUACGCCCCGGGGUCGUCGAUCCCAUCAACUCAGCCGCUACCAGGAAAGUUGGAAUCUUCAACACGCCAGUCACCACCAUCCCUGUAUUUCCACCAUUGGGUUCCUCCAGCCCAACCGCCAGGCAAUGCGCCACCGGGGAGAGCCCGACAGGAGUCCCCGGGGCCCGUUCAGGAGCCCCGUCGAUUAGAAAUUCAUAACUCUCCAGGACGAAAGAGAAAGGCCCCCGGGCCACACCACCCGGCGCCAUUACCAUCGUCUCGCAUCCCUGAGUUCUUCCCUAGCUCAUCACAGACAUCCCGGCAAGGGUCGCCAGCUCCAGGAGACCAUCCCCAGCAAGCAACACCGCCGACACAUUCUCAUCGCGCUCUCCCAAGGCCGAGCGAUGCAUCGCCUUCGUACCACUUUCCUGCAGGGGAGGUAAUACGCGAGGGCACCAGUCGAAGACCAAGCCCGGCCAAUUCUCCAGAACGCGAGACUGCGGAUUAUGCGAGCUUGAAGGAACAAGAUGAUCUGGAACGACCUGAAGAGACAGCUACGUCUGCAGGCCGUGUCACUUCACCCCGUACAUCGCGAGUACAACUUGGCGAGACCGGCACCUCUGUUUUCGAGCCUCGGACUAGUCCUGCAUGUUCUCCAGCAACGAAAACCUUAUUGCAGCCCAAAGAGCCCGAUUCUGCUUUGAGAGAUUAA